AUGAUAAAAGCAGAAGAUUCCAGAAAGCCUCAUGCUCUCACCCACCCCAGAUUCAGCUUCGACCUUUGCUUCGAGUCGGAAAUCGCGUUUCACUUCAACCCCAGAUUCAACGAGAACGCGGUGGUGCGCAACAGCUUCCUGAAGGAGAGGUGGGGCCAGGAGGAGCGAUCCAGAGGAAUGCCAUUCUACCGCAGUCAGCCGUUCAUGGUGAUGAUCGUGUGCGAUGAGCAGUUCUACAAGGUGAUUGUCAAUGGCGCUCAGAUUUUCACAUACAACCACCGCCAUUCCGUCUUCCAGGAGAUUCACAUCCUCAAGGUCAAUGGAGACGUGACCUUAUCCUCUGUGGUGGUGUGA